UGGCACUCAACUGCAAUACCACACGCAAACACAAACGCAAACACGGACGCAAACCCGUUCCCCAAUCCCUCCUUCCCCCCCUCCCCGGCUAUUGAUCCCUCUCUGCCCCAGCUGGUUGCCUGGCCUGCUGCACUGCCGAUGGGGACACCACGCUCACGCCCACACAGCUCGGACGGCAGCUGGUGCUCAUGAGCACCAGCCAGCCUGCCGUCUGCCAAAAUGGCGCCAGAGACGGCCGCGCCGCCACCAGAAAGGCCUCAUGAACCCGCUGCUGCUACUACGUCUCGUAUCGGCGAUCUGCAGCAGCAGCAUCAACUGUACCGUCAUCAACCCGCUCUCCACACCCAGCACUCGGUAGAAGCAGAUUGGCAGCAAGGAAACGCAAGCAGCAGAGAAGACCAAGACUGCAACUCGCAGUCAUUCAACCCCUCGUCAACACCAGAGACACUCAGCCUGCUGCUCCCACCACGCCCAUCCGCGCCACUCCUGCGCAGCCUCUUCUCCGCCAGCUCGUCUGCAGCAGCCGGCAUCGCGCAACCGUGUCCCGCCCCCACCGUAGCGGGCAAGAGCAGGCAGGACGCGCUGUCUUGGGACGAAUCCUUCCUCCAAGGCCGAGGUGAGGCAAGCAGAAACGCAGGCGUAACUGUAAAACAGAUGGCCACGACCGCUGUGGCGGCUUGUGCAACGACUCAGCAGGAACAGCCUCUCAGUUGUGCCACUGGGCAUUCGCACCCGAUGGUCGCGCAGCUCACAGCCGCAACUGCACCCAUCGCCGUCGGUGCUGGGGCUGGGGCUGCACCUCCCAGCAAUGUGCAGCAGCCUUCCUCCUCCAGCUCCUUCCAGGCAUCGAUUCAGCGAUAUAGCGACUACUUCCCGCCCACCACGGCGACUGCCGCCGGUAACGCGGCCGCGGUCCUGCCUUCCCAACCAUUCCAAUCCGCCCCCGGGGUCGGAGCAGCGCUCGAACCAGACGCAGGAGCAGGGAUAUUUCUUGCACCAGCAACAGCAACAACCUCAGCGGGGACGACACCGCUCGUACCGUCACCGAGCCGCAAGCUCUGCGUGCGGCACCAGCGCAUGGCGGACGAAGGGACCACCGCCAAGCUGCAAAAGUCGAUCGAAUCGCUCCCGCUCGCGGACCAGCGCGCGGUCAACUCGGUCUGGUCGAUCUUCAGCAGCUCGUCGAACGCGCGCCGCGCACUGAUUCUGCAGGGUAUCCUGACCAUGUGCUGCUUCUCGCAGCUCUCACUGCUCUCAUCGGAACUUGCGCUGGCGAUCCGCAUUGACCCGUUCAGCCUGUUCCCGCGCGAGGUCGCGCUCAAGGUCCUCAGCUUUACCGACGCCAUCACCCUCGGCCGCGCCGCGCAGGUCAGCCGCGCUUGGCGCGAACUUGCGGAUGACGAUCUGCUGUGGCGCAAUAUGUGCGAGCAGCAUAUUGAGCGCAAGUGUGAAAAGUGCGGCUGGGGCCUCCCCCUGCUCAACGACAAGAAGCGCAGGCGCAAGAUCAAGACAUCCGCUGCAGCGUACCCGCCUCAGCAGCAACAGCACCAACAACAACAGCAUGCGCAAGCGCAGAGUAACACAGCUCCCUCGACCUCUUCACUCGCUGCAGCGCAACAGUCGCAGACCACCAGCGAUAGCGACGGCACCGGCGCCAGCGCCAGCACUACCACUACCACCAGUAGCAAUGGCAAUCUCAAGCGCAAUAUCACAGCAGCUGCGAAUGCGGCGGCCCUCGAGAAGCGUCACGGUGCUGCUUCGCGGCCGCCCUCGCCUGUUGCGUCGAGCAGCGGCACGCAAGCUUCGAAAAGCGAACGAGCCGCAAAGCGGCACUGCACGGGAUCCGCACGCGCAAGCUCAGGCACCAGCAGCAGCGGCAGCGAUGAUCCAAACGUCGCAACCGCGCUCAUCUCGCCCGUGACCACCGGCGCGCAGGUGCAGCCGCUGACGCGGCCAUGGAAGUCGGUGUACUGCGAGCGCCUGAUGAUCGAGCGCAAUUGGCGCGCCGGGCGUUACACCGUGCGCACACUGCAAGGGCACACCGAUGGCAUCAUGUGUUUGCAGUUCAGCGAGGCGCUCACGCACCCCGCAUUUCCCAUCCUCAUUACUGGCAGUUACGACCGCACGGCGCGCGUUUGGAACCUCGAGACAGGCAAGGAACUGCGCGUGCUUAAGGGCCACACGCGCGGCGUGCGCUGCCUCCAGUUCGACGAGGCCAAGCUUAUUACUGGCAGCAUGGACCGCACGCUCAAGAUCUGGGACUGGCGCUCCGGCCAGCUCAUCCGCACGCUCGAGGGGCACACCGCCGGUAUCGUCUGCCUGCACUACAACGACCAGAUCCUCGCGAGCGGCAGCCAGGACAGCAACAUUAAGGUCUGGAACUUCAAGACUGGCACAUGCUUCACGCUGAAAGGGCACGAGGACUGGAUCAAUGCUGUACAGCUGUGGUCCGGGCCGAAGAAAGCCAUCGCAAACAGCAGCGCCACCAGCAGCAAUGGCAGCGCCAGCGAGCCCAUCGCAGACAGCAACGCCAACGCGGAGGACACGCCGCCCACUUUUCUCUUCUCCGCCUCGGACGACUGCACGAUCCGUCUGUGGGACCUGCAGCACAAAGAGUGUCUGAUGACGUACGAAGGACACGUCGGACAGGUACAGAGCAUCAAGCUCGUCAUGCUCGAUGAGGACGCCGUGCUCAAGCUGAGCCGUGGCGCCGCUAGUGGUCCCGUGGCGGGCAAGCCCGACGCUGAUCGGCGCGGUCGCGAGGCUCGAGGCCGCGGGAGCGACGGCGAAGACGGAGACGCGCGCGGGCGCGGCCCUUCUCCCUUGAGCAUGCAGAAUGGAGACACGAGUGCGCACUGCGGAUACAACCCUCCGAAUGUACCUGGCGGGCGGGCGCCGAACACGAACCAGCCGGACCUACCGGAACUGUUCUACAGCGCAGCAGCCGCUGUUGCUUCCACCUCAGCACGCUCAGCAGCAGCAGGCACGAGAAGUGCGCCCUUCGCAGAGCAGCACCGUAGGCCUUCCCUCGACCCUUCCGCGUCGGAGCGUGGCAUACCGCCGCAACUGCUCAAGCUGCAAGAUCGCCUCAGCGCCGCUGGGCUCGUCCCGCUGCUCCCUUUCGACGCCGAGAUGAGCGACAUUGACGGUGGCCUAUCUGAGUUUGAGAGCGGCGCCAGCAACGACGCACGCCUCGGCCGGGCAUCGAACGCGCCGCACAUCCGCAACCAGCACGACCAACCCGCGCUCGCGGGUAGCAAGAAGCGCUCAGACUCCAAGUCGCCCGCGCGCCAACGCACCUGCUCGCGCCCGCGUCCGGUCCUGCUGUCCGGCUCACUGGACAACACGCUCAAGAUCUUCGAUGUUCGCACAGGCCGCUGCAUCCGCUCGCUCUUUGGGCACAUCGAGGGCAUCUGGGGCGUCGACGUGGAUAAGCUGCGCAUCGUCAGCGCCAGCCACGACCGCACGAUCAAAAUCUGGGACCGCGACUCGGCUCACUGCACCAGCACGCUCGUCGGUCAUCGCGCCGCCGUUACCUGUAUCGCGCUCGGCGACGACAAGAUCGUCAGCGGCAGCGAUGAUGCCGAAAUCAAGAUUUGGUCCUUUGGGCAAGAUCCGUAGUUAUUUAUCGCAGCGCACGCUCCCUCUGCUUUUGGAUUUCUCAGCACAGAUGCACUGCUUCCUUGCAUUUUGAUACACUCCUAGUACAUCACUUGCGCUCCUGGCGCCACUUUGUCAACAGACUCUUGUAAUGCUCAAAUCUAUCUGCCAGUUGUUGAA